CUAGAACCUAGGUAAAUUUCCUGAGUCAUGUUGAUGUUUAUUUCAGUCCAAUUUACCGCUUAGUGAGUUGAGCUAGCUAUCGUUCAUGAUGGAGCAAACUGUUUCAAAUGUGGAAGUCUGUAAUUUAGCCUUCACUGGUGAAUUUGACAAAUUAAAGAAAUGUAUUUUAACAGAUAAAUCGCUCGCUUGCAAAACGGACCAGGACCAAAGGACCGCUCUCCACUGGGCCUGCUCGGCUGGACACGUCAAGAUCGUUGAGUUUCUGUUGGAUUUGGGGGUGGAAGUCAACCUACAAGAUGAUGCCGGUUGGACUCCCCUCCACAUAGCAGCAUCUGCAGGCAGGGAGGAGAUAGUGAAGUCACUGAUUAACAAAGGAGCCCAGCUGAACUCAGUCAACCAGAAUGGCUGCACCCCUCUGCACUAUGCUGCCUCCAAGGACAGAUUUGAGAUCGCCCUCCUGUUGCUGGAGAGUGGAGCGAACCCUAAUGUCACAGAUAAACUGGAGUCUACUCCCCUACACAGAGCUUCAACCAAGGGCAACUGCCGUCUGAUCCAGCUGCUGCUCAAACAGCGCGCUUCUACCAACAUACAGGACUCUGAGGGAAACACUGCACUCCACCUGGCGUGUGACGAGGAGCGUGUGGAGGCAGCUAAACUCCUGGUGGAGAACGGAGCCAGCAUCUACAUAGAGAACAAGGAGGAGAAGACGCCAUUACAGAUCUCUAAAGGUGGUCUGGCCACUCUGCUGCGGAGGAUCGUAGGAGGAAACGUCUGAUCCAUCUGACUACACACUGAAGCAGCGAGAAGAUCCAGUCGACGUGGUCUAAAUGGGCUUCCUCAUCUCAUCUCACCUCAUCCAUCCUUUCUCCUCAUCCAUCCUUUCUCCUCAUCUCUCCUUUAUCUGCACUGAUUUGAGGAAACAGAAUAAACUCUUCCAUAUUGCGUUGACCUAUCCUCUAUAUUCCAGUCCGGGGGGAGGGUACUUCCACCAGGCCAGUAACAGUUCAGUGGAGAUGAGGGAGAGGCGAUGAGGAGGCCACUGGACUAUUGAGAUGCAGUCUGUAUGGCAGCAUUUUGGUUGGAGGAAAGAGAUUUUCUGACUGGAUGUAUCUCAGAGACUGACCAUGAUAAUACCCUACAGCUACUUACCAGAGAAACCUAUGUUGUAAGUUUGAAACUGUUCUAGAAAUUCAGCUUCUUAAAACUUGUUUAAAAAAAAGAUGUAAUAAGUUGGUGUCUUAACAACUUGAUUAAAUGAAUCACCUCAGCUAUAUAUGUUAAUAUCCAGGCCUAUUUAAAACAUGUUUCACUGUCUGGAUGUGUAAUGUGAUUUGGUAGUAAGUUCAUUGCAUUCAUUUGAUUCCAAUUAAAUUGAUCAUCUGUAACAAGUUACAUUAAAUUCCUAUUUUGGUUGUGAA